AUGGGUCUCCUUACCCUUGUCGAGGACCGACCGACGCCCAAGGCUGUCUACAACUGGAGAGUCUACACAGCAGCAUGUGUCGCAUCAUGGGCAGCGUGCAUGAUUGGUUACGACAGUGCCUUCAUUGGCACGACACUGGCUCUACCAUCUUUCGUUGAAGAAUUUCGCUUCGCGGAGAUGGAUCCCGCAGACCUAAACCUCACCAAGGCCAACAUCGUCUCGGUAUACCAAGCUGGUGCUUUCUUCGGUGCUUUUGGAGCAUAUGCAUCUAGUCACUACAUCGGCAGGAGGAAGUCUCUUAUUCUCUGGGUCCUCAUAUUCAUCGUGGGCGCUGGUAUGAUGUUGGGUGCCAAUGGCGACCGAGGCCUCGGUUUGAUCAUUGGUGGCCGUGUUCUAGCAGGCCUGGGGGUAGGUGGAUGCAGUAACAUGGUCCCAAUCUAUAUCUCCGAACUGUCACCGCCAGCUGUUCGUGGACGACUUGUUGGUAUCUACGAGCUCGGAUGGCAGGUGGGAGGUCUCGUUGGAUUCUGGAUCAACUAUGGUCUCCAAGAAACCAUGGCGCCUUCUCACAAGCAAUGGAUCAUUCCUUUUGCCGUGCAGCUCAUUCCCGCUGGUUGCUUGUUGCUUGGUGCUUUCUGGAUGAGAGAAUCACCCCGAUGGUGUUUGAGCAAGGGGAAGCGCGAGCAAGCGCUGAAGGAUCUCUGCUGGAUCCGCAACCUCCCCGAAGACCACCCAUACAUCAUGGAAGAGCUUGAGGCUAUAGAUGCUCAAGUCGAACACGACAGACUUACCGUUGGACCCGGUUUCUGGAAGCCAUUCCUUGCGCUUAAGCAUCGUAAGGUACAAUACCGCCUCUUCCUCGGCGGCAUGCUGUUCCUUUGGCAGAACGGAUCUGGAAUUAACGCGAUCAACUACUACUCUCCAACCGUCUUCAAGAGUCUUGGCGUUACUGAAGGGUUUCUUACCACUGGUAUCUUCGGUGUCGUCAAAUGCGUUUUGACUUUUGUCUGGCUCAUCUGGUUGAUCGAUCGUCUCGGUCGCACGAAGCUCCUUAUGUACGGUGCUCUAGGUGGCUCUCUCUGCAUGUGGUACAUUGCUGCCUACAUCAAGAUCGCAGACCCCGCGAACAACCCUAACCCCUCAGGCAACCUCUCCUCCGGUGGUAUCAGCGCAGUCUUCUUCUUCUACCUUUGGACCGCAUUUUACACGCCCUCAUGGAACGGCACCCCAUGGGUCAUCAACUCCGAGAUGUACAGCCAGCAGACCCGUUCUCUUGGUCAAGCUUUUGCUGCGGCUAACAACUGGUUCUGGAACUUCAUCAUCUCAAGAUUCACUCCUCAAAUGUUUAGUGCCAUGGGCUACGGAGUAUACAUGUUCUUCGCAUCCCUUAUGCUGCUCAGCAUACCGUUCGUAUUCUUCUUGAUUCCUGAAACCAAGGGUAUUCCGCUCGAACGCAUGGACGAGCUCUUCACCAUCAAGCCUGCAUUCAAGGCACACGGCGUCCUGGUUGACAGGAUGAAGGAGAACGAGGAGGUGAACCUCGUAAUCAGGGAUGAGAAGGCAAGGGCGGAUGAACACAAAGAGAUGGCUUAA